AUGGAUCACUUGUCUAGAAUUAUCAAUCACGGGCUGACAAAGGCGUCGCAGCAAUAUGCACAGGAACUCUACGAUUCAGAAUUCACCCGAGUCAAUCUUCCGCCUCCUCCUCUUUUUCCAGUUUUGGACAUUUUCACUCCUAAUGGAUUUAGUUCCAAUUUCGGACUCGAGCAAGUUGUCAAAAGAGUGAAUGGCGAAGGUGCCGCGAAAAACCGAGAAGAAAAUGAAGAAAUGGAGACUGAUUGUGAUUCUGAUUACUCGAUGCAUUCCAUUUGUGCGAAAUGCCGCACCGAUUUCGCUCCGUUCUUCAUUCAGCAGAAAAUCGACGAUAAAGUAGAGCUCCUUUGUCGAGAUUGUCACAUUCGCUGGCGAGAAGAGCAGGACAGAGAGAGAAAAAUCAGCUUCAAAAUGAAAUGA